AUGAAGGGGAGUUUACAAGAUACGAAAAACACAAGGGAACUCACUAGUGAUUUGCCUGCAGUGGAACAGAUCAUCAGGGGCUUUAUUAAAAUUGUAAAUUUCAGGACCCUCAAGAAAGCAAAAUGUAUCUGCUGCCCUUAUGGAAAUGCACAGGUUUGGCAUGGAAACAUGGACAUCAUUGUCAACUAUGAAGUUCCAAUAGUUGUUGGAACACCACCCAAAGAGAACCCAGACAGCCCAGAAAGUAAAUCUCCAGUUGAAGUAAAUUUAAACAUAACAGGCCUGUCGAGAAACCAUGAGAUCAUGGCAAAGACAAUUGUGUUCUCGUACUUACAGAAGUACAGACAUCCGGAGAGUGACAAUUUUCUGUGUCCCUGUAUCGGCGUCACAUUCACCGACCUUAUUAUCUUCUUCUAUGAUUCGGAGCAUGACAUUCUGCUUGAGCGUUCCGUCGUACCAUUACAUUCGCCGAAGGAUACUUCAGUGGCUGUGAGGCUUUAA